AUGGUUGGCCAGGAUCAUGCAGAGCGGCUCCGGGUGAAACUUGGUUUUGAUGGUGUGUUUAAAGUUGAUAGUGUAGGAACGAAAGGAGGUUUGGCAUUAUUAUGGAGAAGGAAUGGUACGGCAAGCCUGUUGAGUUACUCGAAAAAUCAUGUGGAUAUUGAGGUAACAAUGCCGGGAUUGGAAAAGUGGAGGAUGACAGGGUAUUACGGUUAUGCGCAGAGGGAGAGACGGAAUGACUCUUGGGAUUUCAUUAAGUCCUUAUCGCAUCGUUCUGAGUUGCCAUGGGUUAUUCUAGGAGAUUUUAAUGAUCUCUUAUAUCAGUAUGAGAAGCGAGGGAGGAAUCCCCAUCCAGAGACACUAUUACGGGGCUUCGGGGAAACUAUUGAUGAGUGUGGACUAGCACAAUUACCUAUGCAGGGAUACCCGUUUACCUGGGAAAGAGGGGAGGGGACUGUAGACUGGAUUGAGGAGAGGUUGGACAAGGUGCUGGUUACACAGGAAUGGCGAGAUGUGGUGAGGGAGGCAACUGUUUCGAACAUUCUAACCCGACACUCAGAUCAUUCUGCACUUUUCCUUGGGAUUCUGAAUCUUCGGGAAAGGACAGGUGGUGGGAGGAGGGGGUUCCGGUUUGAGAUGGCUUGGCUGCAUGAUGAGGGCUGUAGGGGAGUGGCUGAGACGACGUGGACUGAAGGAAGAGAUAGGGGUUUGCAAGCCUGUAUCGAGUUGUGUGGCAAUAAAUUAUCACGAUGGGGAGGUGAUAAGUUUCACAAGUUUGAUGAGCAGAUGAGGGGCCUGCGCAAGGAGCAGUUGCGGCUACAGGGAUGCACUGAUCAAAUUUCCUUAGCCGAGUAUCAGCGGUUAGAAGAACGUCUGGCUCGAUUAGAGGCUCAGGAGGAUGCUUUUUGGAAACAGAGGGCGAAACAGCACUGGCUGAAGGGGGCAGACGCGAAUACUAAAUUCUAUCACAGGGAGAUGCCAUGA